AUUCAACUGCGCACGGGCGAAAAGGAAUCUAGCAUCUCUCUUGCAGUUAGAUAUUCUCUAUGACUCGAAACCCAACUUCAGUGUCCUUGUGACUCGUGUUGUUGUCUACGUGCUGUUAAUUUUUCCGGCAGGUGAGGUAACUCUGUUCUCAGCCUUGGUGGGUUAACUGUACCCGAAUACCAAGUAACGUUAGUUUGGCAAGCAAUUUAUUUGCGGUUAUAGAGUAGCACUAGCUGGAGCUGCCCACUAAUUAUUUCAGGCUUCAAGGGAAUAUGAGGUGCAGGUCGUCGUCACUCUUACUUUGUUCAUAGAGAUUUCCUAUUGGACGUACAGCUCUCCCAUCUUCGCCUUGGUGGGUCGGGAUGAGCUACACAUACCCGGCUCCCUAUCAGCCUGCCAUUGCUAGUGGCAAUGCAGGCGCUCAGGCUGGUCAUUUGGUGUCUGUCGACUCCCGCUUCGUACAAGCGGGAGUCGUGCCAACACCUGGCGGCUUCCCUAUGCCGACCAUAGCUGUGGCAGCAGAUCCCAAUGGAGUGCAGCAAGCCCAGGCAAUACAAUGGGAUCCUGCCACAGGAACAGCGUACGCAGUGCAGCCAACACAGAUGGCAGCCAUGCAAGCUGGACAGGCUAUGCAUGUUCAGCAGGGCCCUAUCCAUGUCCCAAGUGGCCCAACUUACUACCAAAUGCCAGCAGCCUACAACGGCCUACCCACCGUGAUGGAUGCCAACGGGCAGACUUACAUUGACCCACAUUACUAUAAUAUUGCCCAAACGAGUGGAGCAGCCACGUUUGUGCAGGCCGCUGCACCGGGUGCAAUACAGCAAGGUACCGCCAUGCCUGCUGGUGCAGUGGCCAUUGCGUCUGCACCGCCACAUGUACAAGUUACCUCCACGGUUGCUUCGACGACGGCUACCACGGCAAUGGCUCAAGGUCCACGCCCCGUAGCCAUACCGACCGCAACUGUCACGCCCACUGUUGCUGUUCCCGCAACUGCCACGGUGACCGUGACGCCGGUAGCAACCGUUGGAAACCCGCCUUCGGUAACAACCUCGGCGAGCGAAGUACACAGCAGUGGAUUGAAGCAGUGCGAUGUCAAGGCUAAUGAGCAGCACUUGUCCAACACGCAAGUUGGUCGCAAUGAGGUCAUACAGCGCUGGGCGAAUGAUGUUGCCGUGGCUAGCCAGCAUGGGUCCUCUCCGCCACCUGAUCCUUGUGAUCUCUUUGCACCCAUGCAGCAGCAUGAUGAAGUGGAUGGUAAGCAGACGGCCCCGGUACCAGCAUCUGGAAAGCGUAAGAGCGAGAGGCAGGACGACGGAAAGACCGGCAAGAUGCCCAAAAUGGAGUUGCACGCCGCGAAAAUGGAGCCGGGGAUGGUACCUGGCCACCCGGGCAAGCUGGACGGUGCAGAUAUGCAGCUUCCUGCGCCACCGGCUCUAUUCUCAACCGGCGGACAUGCAGCCGCACCCAUUAGCCAUAUGCCACCUGGUAGCAAUAAACCGUCUAAGAUACCAUCCCAGGUGAAAGUCAAGAAAGAAGACCGGACUAGUCGGCCGCCGCAUACUGUAGUGUCAAUGCCAAAUCUGCAUGCACCAGACCACCCGGUAGCUGUGGCUAGCACAGCUAUGGGUGGAUCCAUGGUAGCUGGCCCUGCUGCUGCAGCAGGUGUACCUUUACCUGGUGCUGGUGCUCCUCUGCGGUCAGUGGAUGAUGCGAAGAAAUCCUCGCGGGCCAGCCAUCGCGUUGACGAGCGCAGGACACCAGACGGAGGACGCAAGCGUUCAGCAGCACCACCUGUCACUUCACCAUCGCAGCACAUCCAGCAACAUGCUGCACAACAGCAACAACAACAGCAACAACAACAACAACAACAACAACAACAACAACAACAACAGCAACAACAGCAUGCACAGCAAAUCCAGCAGCAGCAGCAGCAGCAGCAGAUGUCCCAGCAGCAGGCACAAGCGCUGCAGCAGGCAAUGGCCAGUGGUGCACCGUUCAUGCUUGGCCCGGACAGUGCACCUGUUCACGUCUACCCAUGGAUGGUGCCUGGACAUCCAGGACAAACUCCCUAUGCAAUUGUAUCCGUGCCAGAAAGCAUGGUGGCUUCAAUGACAACAGAUGCUAGCAGCCGACCCGCUCCCACAACGACAGUGUUCUCCUCUGGAGAAGCACAUCCACAAAGUACCGUAUCUGUUCCACCUGCCUUGUACGUGGCUGGACCACCUCCACAGGCUGCAGCUUCCGGUGCCCCUGCACCAACCUCUGAGGAGCACAAGAACAGCUUUGGCAAGCUGGACAAGAGAAAACGCUACGAGAAUUCCAAGCGUGCCAGUGAGAGCAAGCCUAGUAGUGAGAACCACGCCACCGAGCACAGCCAUGCCGAAAUGCCUUCACACACCGCCGCACUCUAUCCACCCAUGGCUGCUGGUCCAGUUCAAGGUGAUCCUUCAGUGGCGUAUCAGCAGCCAAUGUACGCGCCUGCACUACAUGCACACCCCGAGCAACAUCAACAAGGCCAACAGCAGCAGCUUGUUUCCCAACAACCGGCGCGAAAGUCAUCGGAGCGGGGCAAAACCACUCCUCGACCAUCACAGACUGAGCAGCAGCAGCAACAGCAACAGCAGCAGCAGCAGCAGAGUAGUGCAGGUCAUACACAACAGAGGAAAAUGUAUGUGGUAACAGCUGAGACAGUGGUGGGCGAGGGAGGUGACUCGGCUGUGAAGCUUGUCCAGCACGUUCAAGAGCAGGGCAGUGGCUCAAAUAAGAAGGUGAAGACAAGACCAGGUAAGAUGUCUCGGCCUGUGGCAGAGCCACCCGGCUCAGCGGCUGCUUCUGGUGCAACAGCCGCACCAAGGCACACGCCACCACCGGCACAAUUACCUGUAUCAAAUUCUAUGCCUUCUGGUUCCUCGGGUCAAGCACGCCAGUUAGCGGCAGCAGGCAUGCCCAGGAGGAGUCACCAUGGAAGCUCCACUAACCUGGCAGCUAAGCAAGGACCCAGCGACACCAGUCCAGUACAAGUAACACCGGGAGCAGCUGCAUCAUCUGGUCAAGCUCAGGCGGCGGCCCCUGUGGCCAUCGCCGCCCCCGCUGCUGCUGCUGCUGCUGCUGGUGUAUCUGCGGGUCCUGCGGGUCCGGUGGCAGCAGCAUCUCAAUCAGGAAUGCCUGCAAUGCACGCCUUGCCACCCGGUGCAGUUGCUGCAGCCACCGCCGCCGGCAUCGGUCAGGGUGGCCAGCAGUUUGUUUACAUGCAGCCCGCUGCUGGCUGGGAGCACAUGGGCCCACAGCAACAGCAGCAACAUCUCAUGGCGUAUCCGCAAGUCUUCCAGCAGCCGGGACAGCAACCGCCCCAGGGGCAGAUGAUCCACCAGCAACAACCCCAACCGCAGCAGGCACAACAACAGCCUGCACCGGCUGGGCUAUCGCAGCAGGUUGAUCACCAGCAAGCAUCACAGCAACAGCAACAGCAGCAGCACAUGGCAUCACAACAACAACAUCAGCAGCAAGCGUACCAAGGUCAACAGGGCAGCAGUUCUCAGGCCAGACCGACAAAGCAGUCCCAGAUGCCUCAAGCUGCUGCCGGCUCGGGAACGAUGUCAACGCACCAUAGGGAAGGAUCUCAGAGUCGUACCUCUCUCCAAGGUACUGCACGUCAUACAACAUCGCCGAAUGUCAAGCAAUCGUCCAGUGGUAAGCGUGAUUCUUCAACUUCCAACUAUCCAGCACUGAACACGCAGUCUUCUGCUGCCGACAAGCGUACGGCCGAGAGUGCCCCAGCCCCAGCAGCCCCGGCAGCAGCAGUGGUGGCCAGUGCUGGAGCUGGUGCAAGUGUAGUUGCUGCUCCCGGUGGAGGUGUUCUCCCUGCCGGCGCAACAAUUACUGCACGUGGAGCAGAUGGACAGGAAUAUGUUGCACUAGAUCCGUCUUGCAUGCCUCCCGGCACUAUGGUUGCGCCCAAUGGUAUGCUGUUCACCACAGACGGCAAAGGUCUUGCUGACUGGCAACAGCAGCAGCAGCAACAACAGCAGCUCGUGCAGAAUGCUCAAAUGGCAGCUGCAGCUUCUGGUCAGCAGGUUGUGGUAAUGAUGGACGGAGGUCAGAUGGUCGGUUUCCAGCCUGGACUCAUGCCUAUGGUGCAACAGCAACAGCAACCAACGCAACAGCAACAACCUAGUGUACAGGCGACAACUACCACUGCACAACACCAACAGCAGCAACUGCAGCAGCAACAACAACAACAUCAGCAGCAGCAGCAGCAGCAACAACAACAACAAACCUUGUCACAGCAAAAAACAUCACAGCAAUCAAAAGCACAGCAGCACCAACAAACACAAUCCCACCAACACCCUCAGCAGCAGCAGCAGCAACAGACACAGCAAGCUCAGGUGCAACAUGGGCAGCACAAGUCAUCACAGCAUGCCUUGCCACACAGCAAGGACACAUCGGCAAGUGGGGAGCUCCGUACAUCUACAUCGUCGCAGCAACCAGGCGUACGUGGCCAAUCCAGCGCUGCGCCCACCAGCGCAUCAGCUGUCCACCAGGACAUGAUCACCGCAACAAGAGGUGGUCCAGUUACUGCUUCUUCUCAUCAAGCCACACUGGACAAGUCUACAACCAGCGCUAGCGCCGCCAUGGCUACUCCAGGGGAUAGUAGUGCUCGUCACCAAUCCCCGUACACUAAUCGCAAGAGAGUAAGGGCAACUGGAGCAUCAACGGCCGCCGCUUCUCAAGACUUUACUUCAGAUCAAGACCCUUCCACUGCCAAAGAUUCAAGUACGAGUGGUGGCUGGGCAAAAGGCAGUGGGCGUGAUACUUCCACAACCACCGUCGCUGCUGCCGCCGCCGCAACUCACUGGUAUGGCAAGGGGGCAGGCAAUGUACCUGUACAUCAACAGCAGCAGCAGCUGCCGCCCUCACUGCAGCAGGACGGUGGGGAUUGCGAGUAUGGACCGAUAAUUGACCAAGCUGCAUUGCAGCGCUGUAAUGACAUUGCCACAUCUGGAGACGCACGAGAGCCGCUAGCAAAUCUCUUCAUGCAGCAUCAGACUGCGUUUCAGAAGGUGAACAGUGCGGUCACCGUUCCAGCAAACAGUUCAGCGGAGGUGAGAAGCGAAGCCAUGCUACAUGUUCAGCAGUGUCAGCAUGCGUACACCGAGGAGUUCAAGCGUGUCUUCGACACCCUGAGGAAGGAUAUGGCAGGAAAGACGCAACCUCCUCCAUCUAGACAAGAGUUCCAUGCACCUCAUGCAGGGCAGCAGAAAGUACAAGGGAUACCGCAGAAGAAUGACGGGCAUGUCGGGGGGAGCAGCGCCUCGGCUAGCGCUGCACACCCCGCCGCCAGUAAGAACCCGUCGUCGUCGUCCGCACAUGAUCCUGACAGCAAAGGCCAGCAGCAGCAUUCCAAGCCCGAACGGCACGGCAGCGCUGCUGGCGCUGUGCCCGGUGAGCACACGACCGAGACCAAGUCCGCGAGUGGCCGUCACUCCGGCAAGCUAUCCGCUGCCGACUCCGGUGCGGCUGCCGCAGUAGCUGCUAUGCCAGCCCACAGUAUGGCUCAGGGCUACGGUCCAGGCUGGACAAUGUCAAGUCAGCAGUGGCAAGCGCAGCUACAAGCCAGUGGUGGGGCAGCUCAGUUCGCCGUCGGUCCUGGCCCACCGGGAUCUGUUGCUACACAGGUGUAUGUGACAGGCACAGGCACAGGGCUGGUCACCACCACAGCAACAACAGCAGUCACAACUACUGCCAGUGGUCGUGAAGAUAUGCCCGUCAUUCCACCCAUCGCAACCAUGAUACAGCCCCCGUGGCAGCAGAUUGGAACUGGACCUGAUGGCCGAGUGUGGCCAGUCCCCCCAGGCGCAGCCAUGCCACCGGGCACACAACCUGCAGAGCGUGGUAAAGUGGUUGACAAGUCCGUUCUUGCUGGCGCCGAGGCUUUGCUGGUGAUGUCUGCUACAAUACCGCAGCCACAACAGCAGCACCCGGAACAAACGGCGCACCAUGCACAUCAUCAGACUGUACCCCCGUCACAAGCGCAACAGCCAUCACCGUCUUCGAAGGCAGCAGGGGAUUCCGCCGGCAAUCACAUGCUGAUCCACAGUACUAGCAGCGCUGCAGAUCCGGAAGCCCACUUCAAGCGAGCCCUGGCGACCUCAUUAACUAAGCCGUCCUCCUCGGCAUUGCCAAUGACAAUGGCAUCGCGGGUUGAGAAUCCCAUGACUGUGGGAAUGACAACAGCAGGUGCUACAAGCACCGCGCCAUUCCCAGUGGCACCUCUCAGGGAGGCGUCUGCACCAGUCGACGACGACGAGAUGGACGACGUCGAUGUUGUCGGCGAUAUCGAUGGUGAACCACCACUCAUGAUGAAGGCGUGCGUGAGUGCAAGUGAGGAGGACACACCUGAUAGUCGAGUCCUGCCACAGGUCCCCUCCAAACGACCAGGCGCGGCGGCAAAAGCGACUGAACACACUGCGCCAGUCGGCAGCACAUCUCAGGCCGUCAUGCCUGCCACCAGUGGAAUGCCGGCGGUGGCGGUGGCGAUGAGUUCACACGAUUCGAAGAAGUCGGCUUCUGCGGGGACGACGAUGGACGAAAGAUCUACAGCUGUGCGGCCAACUGAAAGUGCUAGUCAACAACAGCAGCAGCAGCAGCAGCAGCAGCAGCAGCAGCAAGGUAAAACAAUUGGAGGCCGUCAACGGGGACAGUCCCGACCCAUGCCUUCUACAACAUCACCUGCACCAGCAAGAGAAGCUGAUGGCUCCAGGUCAUCUUCACACUCACCUUCAGAUCCUCCCUCCAAGUCGCUAACGCCGAGGAAAGGAAAAGCAUCUGCACCAGCAACUGCAGUGGCAACGGCGGCGGUAACUGCGGUUGCAGCGUCCAGUACAGCAGCAGCAGCAGCAGCACCAUCUUCUGUAUCUGCAGCCCCUGCUGAGCCCGUUUCAACUAGCGCUUCGCUUCCUGUCCCCGCCGCACUGGCCAGUCUAUCUACUGCACCUGCUGCCGCCGCUCCGUCUGCGCCGGAAGGUGCUGCGGCAACACCGCUGGCCACGACAACAAGUGCUGAUGGUGAUGCCGUUAUGCAGCGCAAACUGGAUGAAAUGUGCCGUCAGAUGGAGGAGAAGCAACGUGAGGUGGAAGAACUGCGUGGUGCUCUUACUCGUCGCCAGCAAGCGGAAACCUCUACCAAGCAGCGCAAGCGUGCACAUCACGAGAGUGAGAAUGACGGAUCGGACAGCAGUGAGGAAGGGCCUGCUGCCUCUGAUGUACCCGUUUCAAAGGAGGGGAAAAGCAAGAAGCGAAAGAAGAUGUCCUCCAAGAAGGAGCAUCCCGGUGUUCAGGGAAAGUCGGAGAAAGGCGAUACUCCUGCUCAGCAGCGUUCUAAGCAGAGGUCCCCGAAGAAAGCAGCAGCAGCAGCACACGAGGAGCAGGAGAGCAGUGCGGCAGCCUCGGCGGGUGAUUCAGCCUCCACAACAGUCCACGCCGAUCACAAGCCCCACAAGCACAGCAAGGAAGACCGCUCACAGAGCAAAAGAAACAAGCACAACAAACACAAGAAGCUCAAGUCAAAGGAGAAGCGCCUGAAGCAGCCAUCCGCAGACAAAGCGAGUGCCGAAGGAAAGUCUUGCGAAGUAAAGUCUCAGAGCUCCCAUGAGAAGCCAGUGCCUGCUAGUGUCGCUGGCAAUGAUGUCACCGGUGAUGUCACCGGUGAUCAGGAUGACGAUGAGCAGAGUGUGGGCAAUGAGGAGCAGAUCUCACCCGUCUAUUCCCGCCAGCAGCAGCAGCAGCAGAAGCCUGCGACUGUGGUAGGCGCUCAGACUAGUGCAGCGCGAUCGACCAGCCCCCCAGUCCCUCGCUCCACUCAGCAGCCAGCUGAGCUGACCGCAGCAAUACCAGGUGCGGUUCCAUCUUCUUCCGUGCUUUCAUCCACUCCAGCGAAGGAAACAAGUUGCGAUUCUCAGAAGACGGCAGCUGAGAAGUCUCUGCCCGUUACGUCGCAGUAUCCUCAUGUCACUGAUACGCAUACCAAAACACUGCAAGCUUCCAUUACGAAAAGUGACGGUGCAUCUUCCCUAUCCGUCUCUUCUCUUCCACCUAAGCCGGUAAUUACAUCCAAGAAUACUGUGCCAGCGUGGAAACUGCCCCUUGGCCCCUCAAGUAGCGAGAGCAGUGGAAGCAGCAGGAGUUUCACUGGCUUGGCCAAAAAGGAGCAAAGUAGUCUAAGAGAAGCAGGACCAGCAGCGCCAGACUCUGCUCACCAGGCGGUAACUGGUAGCUUGAGAAAGCAGCAGCAGCAGCAAGGAAGUGAUGAGGGUAGCAAGAGUAGCGGCAAGCCAUCAGCCAGCUCCAAACCUAUCCCGGCACCAUUGUCCUUGCCAUCAACAGCAAUCACAUCGUCAACGUAUUCUUCAUCUGUUGUGCCUGCUGUGUCUGCUGUUAACCCGUGCACCGCAAACUCAUCUGUAUGUGCCACUGUAGUCUCAGCAGCAACGACUGCCCUCUCCCCUCAAGCCUACAGUAAAGAUUCCGGAAUUGUUACAUCACCACACAUGUCGACUUCAUCGCUGGGCAAAUCUGGCGAAGACUUUGUCAAGUUGCGGAGGCGUUCAAGCAGCGGUGACCGUCCGUCUGCAUCACAGCCAUCAAGUGCUUCUACCCUGUCUCUCCGAUCACCGAUGUACGCUAAAGCCACCCUGUCUUCAUCCGAUGCAACAACAGAUCAGAAAGUCAAUGCAUCGUCAGCCCAAGAUCAUUCAUUCCCCACCACUCAUACUGGGGAUGCGAAGAAAGCCCCACACAAUCCCAGUCCUGCAGACGAAGUAUUAGCUGCUAAUCUCAAGCCACUUUGGACUCCUAAAGCUGCCAUGGCGUCGUUCCAAGGUCAGUCUUCUGGUGGAGGCUUGGCAGCUUCAGGUGGAAGCAUGUCGUCUUUCACUGUACCCCAAUUUGAGGACAUCAGCAGCCCAGACAGCACUGCAGAUGAUGAGCUGAUGAUCGAUGAGGAUGCAAACAUUGCAAGUGUAGAAGGCAAUGAUGAUGUGGAAUAGAGAGAGAGAGGGAAAUUCACAUCCAUAAACCGUAGUGCCGUCAAAACAUUUUGAGUGCUGACUACCAACGCCCAGUUUCGGAGCUUCCGGAGUCCUGUUAACGCUGAAUCUAGAAAUCCACAUCCAUCAAUCGUAAUGCCGUCAAAAUAUUCUGAGUGCUGACUAACAAAGCCCAGUUUUGGAGCUGCUCGAGUCCUGUUUUUUGCUGGAUGUAAGUGGAAACAUUCUGAGUGCUGACCAACAAUACCCAGUUUUGGAGCUGCUGGAGUCCUGUUAGCGCUGAAUCUAAGUGGAAACAUUCUGAUUGCUGACGAACAAGGGGCAGUGUUUGAGCUGCUGGAGUCCUGGUAUUGCUGAAUUUAGAAAUCCACAUCCAUCAACCGUAACACCGUCGAAACAUUCUGAGUGCUGGCUACCGAUGCCCAGUUUUGGAGCUGCCGGAGUCAUGUUAGCGCUGACUUUAGAAAUCCACAUCCAUCAACCGUAAUGCCGUCGAAACAUUCUGAGUGCUGGCUACCGAUGCCCAGUUUUGGAGCUGCCGGAGUCCUGUUAGAGCUGAAUUUAACCCACCAAAGUUGCGUCGAUACCUGUCGGCGCUGAAAUUAACCGCCACGGCAGCCAUGUGGUGUGGACGGCUACACACGCUGCCCCACUGUCUGCUACUGUACAUGUAGAAGUUGUGUAUAUAUGUGAAGAACUGUAACCACCUUGUAAGAUAAAGAAACACCCAAUGACAGUGGAUAAUAGUCUCCUGAUCGAAACAUGUCAUGUUCCAGUGACUGGUGUGUUCUUGAGUCCUGUGUCUGCAUUUUAACCUGUCUACAAUUCACUUGACGUGGCAUGUGUUCUUUCCUUGAUCAGCUUCGAUUCAUGUACAAAAUUCAUCCCUACGUUCGCCACUAUCCAACUAACGAGAACAUUGCUAUUUUGCGGAACAGCUUGUCUACGUGUCUUAGCUAUGCGUGUGUAUGUGUCUGUGUCAUUUUGGAUGUUGUUCAUUUGUUCCUUGGUCUUACGCAUGUAUUCGUAUUUGAGGUCGCUUUAGUGGCCGUACAUCGAUUGAAAUUUUUGUCAAAACAACUUGUCUGAAGCCAACUCGUGCUUGUGCUUAUUUUGAGUCCUUGGUAAGGCUAUGUCCCGCCCUUUUUUUCCGUUCCUGCUUCUUUUCCAUGGCUGCUUUUAUGAUCCCUCAGCUCAUUUAACCUUUCUGACCUUCAUUAAUUGCUGACCAUUCUCCUGUUGCGGGCAACAGGAGAUUAGCGUUGUAGUUCUCCCUGCACGUGUGACUCAAUGUCCGUGAGUGUCAAUAUUCCGAGUGUUGGAUAAUAA